AUUUAUACAUGUCUGUUCAAAUAGAAAGCAAUGAAUAUGCAGAAGAUGCUGCCAUUUUAAGGUUCUAUAAUGUGGAUUCUUUUGAACCUGAUAUUUGGGUAGAUGAUCCUGAUGCCGAGCCUGUCAGUCAACAAGAAACAACUAAGCAACAAUUUGAACGACGCGGUGAAGCUUCACAACAGCAGCAGAUACCCUCAGCUUCUCCUAGUGACCAUGAUAUCCAAGCUUCUAUGGACAUUAGUGAUCCUCUUGGUUUAUUACCUUCCAUCUUUGAAAAGGAAUCUGGACCCAAACCUUCCAAUUUUGCAGGUUUCAAAGAAAAAUCAACCUUGAUGAUCUCCAACAAAAACUUUAACCCUCGGCAGUUUUUACUCCAGGUACAUAAGGAUGCUAGUUACAACGACUUGGUGUUAGGUGAAAAACGACUACGACAAGGUGUAGAUAAACGAGCAGAAGCUUUGAAAUCCUUGGUACACAACAACUUUGAUCGCUUCGUUACUGCCAAGAAUACAAUGGACCAUGUGUAUGAAGAAAUGAAGUCUCUACAAUUAAAUGAAAUUCAAGAAUAUGGUACACGUGCGCUAAGAUUGGCUUUAGAAGAUGCAAAUAAAAGAGCAGAUCAGAUUUAUGGCCCAGUGGUGGAAAGACGUCAGCGUGUGGAUAAAGUACGAAGCACUUUAUCCAUUUUGCAACAGUAUAAAUUCUUCUUCAAUCUUCCUAGUAGUCUUUUGGAAGCUAUCAAACAAAACAAGUACGAAACAGCUAUUCGAGAUUAUAAAAAAGGCAAAUAUGUCUAUCAAACACUCAAGACGAACUCGAUUUCCGAUCUACAAUCCGACACUAUUCCCAACAACAUACCUGAAGAUAAUCUCUCUGGAUUCACAAACAUGCAUCGUAAGGUGUUUGAUAAGGUGUGGAGCGAAGUGACCAAGAUUAUUGGUGAGCUACAGAAUGUAUUGUUGAAAAUGUUGGCAGAUCCUUGGCGAAGUAUGGAUGAACAAGAAAAAACCAUCAACUACUUAUUUGAACUGGAUACCAAAGAGGAUCCUGCUUGGUUUUAUCUUGAUAGUCAAUAUCAAUGGAUCAUGGGUUUGAUGAAGGAAACAUUUGCAACAAAUGUUGAAAAGGUGGACAAAAUCAAGAAUAGUAACGUACAUAUCAAGGAAUCGGUGACUCAACGAAGUCUUUCUCUCAAACAUGCCAUUUCCGUUAUUGAAUCCAAAUCCUUGUCGCUUGAUACUGAAGGUGAUUUGGACUUGCGUACUUGGAAAGCUAUUAGUGAAAUUGUCAACUCUUUAUCCUCGUUAUUGGUACGUUGUCUUCCUGAUUUUUGGCGACUAUCCAAGGCAUUCAUCGAAGGGAAAUUUAAAAAUAAGUCUUCCUUGGCAUCUAGUGAAAAAGGCGGUGGUUCACGGCGUGGACGACGUGCAAAUGUGGAUCUUAGUAAAGUGGAACAAUGUCAAAGUAUGUCUCGCAAUAUUGUAGAUAAAUAUGCCUCUCUUUUGUCAAGUUAUUUUACCUUGGAUCAUAUUAUGGAUAUUCAUGAUAGCGACAAUGAAAAGUAUAAAGACGAUAUGCCUUCAUUUUUACCCCUCAACACGAACUCGAUUCAUGUUUCUGAAUCUUUGACUCGUAUGAUGACUACAUUAUCCAACUGCAUCAAUGAUCUGAACAAUAUUCAUUUACCUGGUGAGGCUUUUGCUGGACUGACGGAUUUACUAGAAAAGGCUAGAUCGAAAUUUAUUGACGUUAUCUGUCUUUGUUGGGAAAGAGAUGCAAAGAACUUUUAUUACUUGGAAGAUUGGGUCUUGGAUCCUUAUAACCCUCAAUAUACUGGAUUACUCAAACGAUAUUAUGAUUACCACAAGUUUUGUGCAAGAUCGGCACACAAAGUAGCUUCCAUGACGGUGAUAUCUGAAGGAGGAGGUGGUGGUGUACGCAAUGUCGAUUCGGUAUAUGUGGAUAAAAUCAGAUCAUCCUUCUUAGAAUCUACUUUUGCCUUUUUGGAUGGACUAGUACAACUUGCUUUUGCGGAUUACAAGCCUUUGAAUGAAAAAGAAGAACUGUUAUUGGCAAAAAAGCGAGAAAAAAUUGAUGUGCAUUCGGUGGAUGUCCGCGUUUUACUGACAGUAAGCAAUCUUGCUCAUAUGCGAUCAGCUGUCAUUCGGAAAUUGGUGACCUUAUUUGAAAGUGCUUAUAAAGUUAAUAUGGAAGAGGAUUACAAGACUCUGAUUGAUGUGGUGGAUCAACUAGAUUUGAUCCUGUUUGGCGACUAUAUCAAACGAAAAUCAGCCGUGAUACGUGAUAUUAUACAUCAUGGGAUUUUGAUGAGCGGUAUUGAUUGGUACAGCAUCUCCAAACCUACAGAUGUACAUUCUUUUGUCUAUGAAGCAUUGAUGACCUUGGUGAUGGUACAUUCUCAAAUCAGUAGCGUAGCGAAACAAUUAGUACACCGUGCGCUUUCUUUCUUACUUGAAACCAUGGCAAAUGAUUGUUUAGAAAGUUUUCGACAAGUGGAACGAUUCGGUAUGGGUGGUAUGUUACAAGCAACCCUAGAAACGGAAUUUAUGCAUCAAACUCUUUCACAAUACGUGACACCAGCGGCUUCAGAGACCUUGCAACAAAUCUAUCAAACCAUUGAACAAGCUUUUGAUCAACAACAACAACAUGCAGGCAGCCUGGAUGCCGAACUAGGUCAUGUCAAGGAACUCUUGGUCUAUAGUCGGAAAAGUACAGUGGUUCAAUUCUUAUGCUUCAAACCAAAUAAGGAACGUCAUGCUGGAAAUAGAAAAUAGUCUAGUUAUAUUAUUCAAUAAAAUACUUUUUUUUUCGGAUCACCUUUUCAA